CAGAGAGAGAGGACCAGAGAGAGGAAGAGAGAGGAGGAAAGAGAGCGAGAGAGUGAGAGAAGGGAGGAGAGCUCAGAGUAACAGACUCAUACUUCUGAGCAAAAGAGACAAAGAAAGAAAAAAGUGUGUAGGAGAGUAACCAGAGAAGUCUCAACACGAUCCCACUGAACCUGACAACCAAGGGACAGUAGGACCAGGGGCUGUUAAAGGAUAUGUAACGACACACACAUUCUGGACAGUGGACAGUCAAACUACAGCUGCAGAGUCUCUGACAUGGGGGGAAUCUGGAUGCACUGAAGAUCUGCUGGGCCUAAAGACACCCCAGCUUCAACACAAUGCCCACUCUUCCCUCCUCCCCCCUUUCCACCUCCUCUCCCAACACCUCUUUACCCCUGUCCUCCUCUUCCUUCCCCCUCUCCAAUGCCACCUAUCCCCCCUUUACCUCCUCCUCUCCAAACCAGACCCUAUGUAAUCUAGAUGACGGUGCCCUGCGCCUCCCCCUGGUCUUCUUCUACUCCCUCUUCUUCCUCCUGGGUCUGGUAGGUAAUCUCCUGGCCCUGUGGGUCUUCGUAUUCCUCCACUCCAGGAGGAACUCUGUCCGGGUGUUCCUCAUCAACGUGGCCAUAGCUGACCUGGUGCUCCUGGCCUGCCUUCCCUUCAGAGUCCUCUACCAUGCUAACGGCAACCGCUGGGUCCUCGGCCCCCUGGUCUGUAAAGUGGUGGGCAACCUCUUCUACAUGAACAUGUACAUCAGUAUCACUCUACUGGGGUUCAUUAGUCUGGAUAGGUAUGUGAAGCUGAAGGGGCGGGGAGGAGCGGGGAGGGGCCUGGCCAGGAGGCUGAGAGGUGGGGGAUGGAGCUGGGUGGCGUGCGGGGCGCUCUGGGGGCUGUCCCUGGCGGGGGCCGUGCCCAUGAUCGCCAUGUCGGAGGGAAACGAGGAACCUGGGAAGUGUUUCCAGUAUAAGCAGCGGCGUGGGGCGAAGGGGAAGGCUUACUUCAACAUGGCUCUGGUGCUGCUGUUCUGGGGGGUGUUCUGCCUGCUGGUGGUCUCCUAUGGGAAGAUAGCCAUGCGCCUCCUCAAGGUGUCCAGGGAUAAACCUGACCUCCCCAAUGCCCACCGCUACGGUAGCGCCGCCAGGAAGUCCUUCUUCGUGCUCUUCCUGUUCACCGUCUGCUUCGGGCCCUACCACGCCUUCCGCCCAUUCUACGUCCUCUCCCAGCUCAACCAAUCCCCAUCCUGCGAUUACUUGCGCCUGGUGGACAGGACCAAUGAGGUCAUGUUGUUGUUCUCCGCCUUCAACGCCGUCCUGGACCCUGUGAUGUACUUCCUGUUGUCAGGCUCGGUGCGCAAGGCCGCCGUGAAAGCCCUCGGACAGAGCCUCGGCAACCGGCUCCACUUCCUUAACGACGGGACCUCCAACAGCUCGGUAUCAGAGUUCAGACGGACCUCUCUGUCCGUCACCUCCCCCAACACCGUCAUUAACCCCUCCCAUGAGCCCAGGACCAGCCUCUGUCUGAUUAGCCCCACCCUCCACCCUGGCGCAGCCAUAGUGGCAAAGCAGUGAAUUUACAGACCUCAUUGUUUAACUUCAUGGACUUUAGCCCUAUUUACAUUAUAAUGUAUACCAUGUACUCAACAACUGAUGCAUGUGACAAGGGCCAAUGUCUUGAACUAGACUCAGUUCCCAAGAAUGGACCUGACCAGAUGUCCUGAAUAAAAAGUGAUUUACACUACCGUUCAAAAGUUCAGGGUCACUUAGAAAUGUCCUUGUUCUCGAAAGAAAAGCACAUUUUUUUGUCCAUUAAAAUAACAUCAAAUUGAUCAGAAAUACAGUGUAGACAUUGAUAAUGUUGUAAAUGUGUAAGUGGCUCUGGAUAAGAGCGUCUGCUAAAUGACUUAAAUGGAAAUGUAAAUGACUAUUGUAGCUGGAAACAGCAGAUUUUUUAUGGAAUAUCUACAUAGGCGUACAGAGGCACAUUAUCAGCAAAACACCAGUCUCAACGCGAAACCCCAGUCUCAACGCGAAACCCCAGUCUCAACGCGAAACCCCAGUCUCAACGCGAAACCCCAGUCUCAACGCGAAACCCCAGUCUCAACGCAAAACCCCAGUCUCAACGCAAAACCCCAGUCUCAACGCAAAACCCCAGUCUCAACGCAAAACCCCAGUCUCAACGCAAAACCCCAGUCUCAACGCAAAACCCCAGUCUCAAGGCAAAACCCCAGUCUCAAGGCAAAACCCCAGUCUCAACGCAAAACCCCAGUCUCAAGGCAAAACCCCAGUCUCAACGCAAAACCCCAGUCUCAACGCAAAACCCCAGUCUCAACGCAAAACCCCAGUCUCAACGCAAAACCCCAGUCUCAACGCAAAACCCCAGUCUCAAGGCAAAACCCCAGUCUCAAGGCAAAAUCCCAGUCUCAAGGCAAAACCCCAGUCUCAAGGCAAAACCCCAGUCUCAACGCAAAACCCCAGUCUCAACGCAAAACCCCAGUCUCAACGCAAAACCCCAGUCUCAACGCAAAACCCCAGUCUCAACGCAAAACACCAGUCAACGCAAAACACCAGUCAACGCAAAACACCAGUCAACACAAAACACCAGUCAACACAAAACACCAGUCUCAACUAGAUAGAGGAACUCUGGACAGAGGAACUCUGCCGAGAAGGUCAGCAUCCCGGAGUCGCCUCUUCACUGUUGACGUUAAGACUGGUGUUUUGCAGGUACUAUUUAAUGAAGCUGCCAGUUGAGGACUUGUGAGGCGUCUGUUUCUAGACACUUGUCCUCUUGCUCAAUUGUGCAACCCUUGCAAAAGGGUUUUCUAAAUGAUCCAUUAGACUUUUAAAAUGAUAAACUUGGAUUAGCUAACGCAACGUGCCAUCAAAUCAAAUCAAUAUUUAUUGGUCACAUACACAUGGUUAGCAGAUGUUAAUGCGAGUGUAGCGAAAUGCUUGUGCUUCUAGUUCCGAUUGUGCAGCAAUAUCUAACAUCUACAUGUGAGAAGAGUAAUGUAGGGUAUGUAAACAUUAUAUAAAGUGGAACACAGGAGUGAUGGUUGCUGAUAAUGGGACUCUGUACGCCGUUUCCAGCUACGAUAGUCAUUUACAACAUUAACAAUGUCUACACGGUAUUUCUGAUCAAUUUGAUGUUAUUUUAAAUGGACAAAAAAAAUUGCUUUUCUUUAAAAACAAGGACAUUUCAAAAGGACCCCAAACUUUUGAAUGGUAUGUAAAUGCCUAUGUCUGUCGGUUAACUAAAACUUUUGAAUGGUAUGUAAAUGCCUGUGUCUGUCUGUUAACUAAUAUUGUCAAUAGUAUGUGACACAAUCAUAUCUGAUAUAACACUGUACAGAGCAAAUAAAUAUAUACGAUUUAAGCUCA